AUGAGCAAAAUAAAAUCUACGCGUUCUUCUAAAUCAGAAACCAAAUUAAAUGAUUCAACAAGAGACAAUAAAACGGUUAAAGCAUCAUCUAUAAGAAAAGUAUUUUAUAUUGCCGAAUCUUUAAUGCAAAAUGCCGAUAAUGAAUUGCGAUUAGAACGCUUCUUUCAUCCGGGCAAAGGUACCACCGCGCUAUUUAUAGCAUGUUCCAAUAAAAUCAUUAUGGAAGUAUUACAGUUCUCUGAACCACGACGAAGUUGGCUAAUAGAUUCAAAUGUAUGUUCCAAUGGACGUAUUUAUGUUACUACACCGAUUGAUGUCACAUUUUUGGCAAUACAUCAUAUACGCAAGCAUUGCACCCAAAGAGUACUGGAACUGCAUUGCAGGCAAAGUGAAGAUUUAAGCACUUCUCGCCUGCUUACGACUUUUGUAGACAAAGACACAUUAGGUUGCGUAGCUGAUGUUAAAAGAUUAGCUGGUUCCAAAACGGUGUUUUAUAAGUACAAUGCAGAAAAAACGUUAGCUUCGUUAGCGCUUAAAACCCGAAACAUUGCGAAUGUGCUUAAAAGCAAAGGAAUUUAUUGCGGACUGAGCACCGUGUCACAUAAUUACACUCCCAGCGAAAAUUCAACAGCUGAAGAUCUGAUUAACGAUAUUGACUAUUUGCGUAUGGCGUGUGAUAUUGUUGGUGGUUAUAUUAACUUGGAUUUACACGACGAUCUCACAAAAUAUUUUGAAAUACAACCGGAAAUAAAAGCCAUCGUUGAGGAGCAGAAACAGGCAAAUAAACGAAAAUCACUUGCAAUCACUUAA